AUGGCUGAUGAAAGCCUUGAGACCAUCCAGCAGCUGAGGGCGGCGAUUGAAGAACAAGGUCGUGAAAUCCAACGACUUCUUCAAAGACAUACGCAGCUGGAGCAGCAGCUCCAUGGCUUGGAUCGCCAGGGCCAGGUUUUGCAACCGCCCGAGGCCCCCAAAUCCGAUCUUCGAAGCAAUGGUCCACGGCUUUCUCUGGAAUCCGUGAAGUCUGCCACCCCUGCAAAAGCAGGGGCACUUCCACCAGUGGCCGAGCCACUCUCCAAGAGGCUGGCGAAAGCCAUGCCCCAGCUCAGGGAGAGUCAGCAGUCAGCGCAGUCAGCGCAACCAAAGCUGGGCAGAGACGCGUGCAUGGCUGCGAUCAACCUUCUCGACGACUUGCCUGAAGAGGCGAUCGACGAGGAUCGGCUGGACAAUGAGGACGACGACAUCGAGGUGCAGAUGGAUGUUGAGAAUUCUCGAGUUGGCCCACCUACCAGCUUUACAGCUACCUUUCGCUCCUGGGACUCCCUCGCCACGUUGCUACAAUCG